AUGGAUCUCAAAACAUUUAAAUUGCUUCAUCCGAUGAAAUAUUACAAGGAUUACUUGGAUAGCAACAUUCGGCCGGAUGGACGAGAAUUGGAAGAGCUACGUCCGCUGGCGAUCAGCUUCGGUGUGAUUAAAAGUGCCGAUGGGUCAGCAAUUGUAAAGGUUGGCAACACGACAGUAGUGUGUGGAAUUAAAGCCGAACUAGCCGCACCGAAGGCACUGGAACCGCGGCAAGGGUAUCUUGUUCCGAACGUUGAAUUCUCACCUGUGUGCUCACCAUCCUACCGCCCGGGACCACCGUCGGACGAUGCGCAAGUUUACAGCCGAUCGUUGGCCGACGCGAUAAGUAACGCACGUUGCAUUAAUCUGCUCGAUCUUUGCAUCGCGCCAGGGAAGCUUGUGUGGGCCCUGUAUUGUGAUUUGGUCUGUUUGGAUCACGAUGGCUGUGUGUUUGAUGCGGCAAUCAUCGCACUGGUAGCAGCAUUACAUACAGUAAAACUUCCCACCAUUCGAUACAACAGCGAUACGGAGGAAACCGAAACGGAUCGACUUAAGUUUUCCGCAUUAUCCGUGCACUGUGUGCCCGUUACGACGUCGUUCGUGAUGGUAACUGACCGUUUAAUAGCCGAUCCGACCGCAGAAGAGGAAAAACUCGCCAGCACAACAUUAACCGUAACGGUGAGCGAUGGGAAAAUGAGUUUCUUCAACCAAUCCGGUGGCGAUCCGUUCGACAGCGCGACGCUCAAACGUUGUACCGAAAGUGCAAUCAAACGCGAACGGUCUGUGAAAAGGAUGAUCCAAACGAUGACGAAUAAACGGACGGAUUAA